UUGUUUUGUUCGCACAUUCUGCUUGUGAAAAAAAUUAAACGUGCCUGGAGCUGCAGCUCCGAUAUUCUGUCCAAUAUAAUUAUAUUUUAUAAAAUGUCAUCUAAAAUAAAGCCACGUCUGUCGCGAGGUGUCCUGGACAUGAAGUUCAUGCAGCGCACCAAAGUAAAAGUGGCAAGGGAGGCGGACGACGAGCAGAGUCGAGCACUAUACUCCAACGAGAUCAACGAGAAGAUGAUCAACUCCAGCUCUAACUUCAUCGUAGAAUGCAGCUACGCCAUAUGCGAGGGCCUCAUUGACGGACGCCUCAGCUUUCGGGGCAUGAACCCAGAAAUUGAACUGCUGAUGGAGCAGGAGCUAGCAGAGAAGCAGGCCCAUUCCAAACCAGAGCAGCCCAAGGAGGUUUCCGACAAGGAUAUGGCAAAGGCCUACUAUGCCAACAAGGCGCCAACUGUCACCGACAGCAUGACCAAGAAGUUCACCUCCAAAAAGAACUUCAAGCGAAAGCAGCAGGCCAGUAGACCCGGUCAACAUCCCCAGACGAAACAGCAGUUUAAGAAGCCCCGUGAGGAUGACGAUUAGUUGUUUACUCUUAAGUUAUUGCAUACACCAAACUAGCACUAGUUACCUAAAAUAUACGAUAUCAAGUGAA